ACAAAUAACAGAGUAAGCUUGACCUAAACCUUGGACAAAUCAAACCAGUACCAGUUAAGCAUAUGAUCACUUUAAUUUCACUCUUGACCAAGAAAGAAGAGAGAAAUCCAAAUGAAUACAGGCAAAUGAAUAAAUAAAUCCCAACCGAUAAAACCAGAGUCAGUGGUUGACCCACUUUGACGCAAUCAAAGUCAGAACUGGCAAUGGAAUGGCUUGCACAGCAGAAUCUUCAUAACUUUCUCAGUAUGUUCUUGUGCUUUCGAUCCUAUCAAAGCCAAACUUCGACGAUUACAAGAAUUCAUACGAAGAAUUCUUAUCUGUUUCAUUAUUAAAAAGAGAAAAAAAAAACAAAACAGUGGUAUGAUCAUGUUUUUCUAAUUCGAAUAUCCUUCAUAAAGCUUUUCCUUUUUAACGAUCCCGAAGCCUCGUUUCCCUAAAAGACAACUAACGGCAGUAACUAUGUUUCCGUUUUUCAGUUACUACUGCAUCAUGUUCUUCUUCUUCUUCUUCUUCUUCCUCUGUCUUUCCCGCCCUUGCUUUCCCGCCAGAGCCUCACCAGACUUGUCAACUGCACUAACCGUCGAUGCCCACAACGCCACGUGGCAAGGCUUCGUCAGGUUCCUACAUGCCGGGAAGGGCACCCACGUCAGCGGCAUGUCGGAGCUCAAGACUUACUUCAACCGUUUUGGUUACCUCCCGACGCCACCGCCCAAAGAGGAAUUCGAUGAUAUCUUCGACACUCAAUUCGAAUCCGCCGUUGUUCUCUACCAGCAAAACCUUGGAUUGCCCGUCACCGGAAAGCUCGACUCCGACACCAUAUUGGCCAUCAUGUCGCCGAGGUGUGGCAUGAGUGAUCAUACCUCGCAUACCUUGCAUACGACGCGUCACUUCGCUUUCUUUAACGGUCAACCGCGGUGGUUCCGGCCGCCUCCGAUGACGCUAACCUACGCUUUCUCUCCAAACGACACGAUCGAUUACUUGAGCUCGUCCGAUAUUCGGGCGGCUUUUAGGCGCGCUUUCUCGAGGUGGGAGUCGGUAAUUCCGGUGAACUUCACCGAGACGAUGGACUACCAAUCGGCGAAUAUCCGAAUCGGAUUUUACGGGGGGGAUCACUACGACGGAGAGCCGUUCGAUGGGGUGUUGGGAGUGUUGGCUCAUGCUUUCUCACCGGAGAACGGGAAUCUCCACCUGGAUCUAGCGGAGAGGUGGGCGGUGGACUUCAAAUCGGAGAAGUCAAAGGUCGCAGUCGAUUUGGAAUCGGUGGCUACCCACGAGAUCGGGCAUGUACUGGGGCUUGCUCAUAGUUCGGUGAAAGAGUCUGUCAUGUAUCCGAAGAUUGGUCCAAGGACGAAGAAGGUGGAGCUCAAGAUAGACGACGUGAGCGGAAUUCAGACACUUUACGGGCCAAACCCUAAUUUCAAGUACAGUUCUUUGUUGGAGUCUGAAAAUUCUGUCAACCAAGCCAGUGGCUUGGAGAGAAGAUUCUCCAGGUUGACCCUUUCUAUGGGUCUGAUACUAUUACGUUCGUUUCUGGGUACAUCAUGAAAAUCUGUUUAAUUUCGUGUUAAAGUUACUGUAGAUCAAACAGUUACACUCAAAGGAAGCAUGGCAAAUUGGCAAUAAAUCAAUGAAAAAUUCUUUA